AUGAUUUCCAGUGAAAAUCCCACUGGGUAUGUACUGGGAAAUUCCGAAGAUACUGUAUAGGUAGAGUUGAACGUGAGUCUGCGGCAAAAGUUGAUGGGUUCGACCCUGUGCGCUAUAAGAUAUUUGUGUUGGUGUGAAGCAUGUUUAGUGGCUUUUCGCUUGUGGCGAGAAGUGGACAGGCUCUUUGAGCGUGCAAUGCCUCUGUGCGAUGAUAACGGACCAGCUCGCCCUUCCGUAUCCCACUUUGUCAGAUAUUUCAUUCAACGGGGACUGGCGUGCAUGAUCGCGUUUUUAGCACACUUGUGGCGUGUCCAGUGAACCAUAAGCGCCCUGGCAAGAACACAGAUCUCGGUUCUCAUUUGGCAACGGAAUUCACCGUUAACCCCGUUUGUAACUCCUUUCGAGGCACAAUGGCGGCGAAUCCAAGCCAGAGCGCAAAGUGGAAGGAAUACGUAGAAUCGAUCCAUUAUUCGCCACGCUACUCCGACGAUGUUUACGAGUACAGACAUGUCAUCCUUCCUAAACCCUUCUUGAAGAUGUUGCCUAAACAUCUAUUCCAGAACAAUGACUCUGGUUGCUUGAGAAUUCUCUCUGACGAGGAAUGGAGAGGCAUUGGCAUUACUCAGAGCUUAGGUUGGGAACAUUAUGAGGUUCAUGCCCCAGAGCCCCAUGUUCUUCUUUUCCGUCGUCUUAAGUAGACGGUCAUUAUUUAAGGGUUUAAGAGUCCCUCGCGUGUGGCAGUUCUUAGAUGGUGAUAAUUCUCAUUCUGUGUGACGACAUCAUUCAUUCUUCAAUCCACCUAAUCACGGCAUUUCCUUGACACAUUUCUCGCACGCACUACGCGACGUAAGGUGACUAGCAAUCACGUUUGUGCAAAACAAUAGGCACUAGAAUGGAAACCACCUUACUUCGUUCGCUUUUUACUACUGAUCAUCGACGUCAAACUGUGCAGAACUCCUCCCUUUUGCAGCUGAGAUUUCUGCUUACGCAGUGACUGCUGCCUCACCCUGUCCUUCGCCUUCCUAGGCUUCUGAGCCUGCGGUAUGAUGUUUGGCGACGAGCCGACAUAGCGGUACGUGCCCGGGAUGUAUGGAUCUUCUAGUGUACUCCAAGCUCCUUU